GUAAUAUAAUUGCUAUUUUGCUUUGGAUAAGUUACGACUAAGUUGUUUUAACUUUUUCUGGUUUUAAUAUCAUAAAAGGGUGUCCAGGUACAGAACGAGUAAAAAUCUCCAGUUGUUUGAAGUGUGUCGAUUCCAGAUUGAGAUAUAAUGAAAAAAAUGAUUUCCCAUCGACCUGCUCAACGUAUUUUGUACUACGCAAAAUUCUGCAUGAUUUUCGCUGGAAUGUGGCGCCUAGAGUUGCCCACGAAAUGCGUGUUCCUCAAACGAUUGUACGUCGUCUACUCAGCGGUGCUGCAGGUCUAUUUUCCCAUAUUUUGGAUAUCGAUAUGUAUUCAGUGCGGCAUAAUGGCAUCCAAUGACAAUUCGACCAAAAGUUCGGAAGAGUUAUCUCAAAAUUUUUCGUUCGUAAUUGCAAUAUUAAUCUCGGAAAUUGCUUCAAUUCUUUGGCAGCAAUCCAAAGGAAGAAAGUUGAUCGCAUAUGUAAUUAAGCAAGAAAAAACGAUACUGGAAUCGAACGACCCUGCCAUUUUGCAAUGCCAUUACGAUCACGUGCAGUUUUGUAAGCUAUCGAAUUUGGUAUUGAUUAUAUUUGCUGCCGGUAUCGGAGCGUCUAUAACGCUGGAAAACUACUGGCGCAGAGCAGACAUAAGGAGGUACAACGCUGAAAAAAACGCAUCUGUGGAGAAACCAUUCGCGAUGGAACUUUACUACUACAAAUUGGAUAAAGAGAAACAUGCCACUGCUUUGCUAGUUAUAAAUCACGUAUCGAGUGCACUAAGCGCCAUGUUGGUCACUUCCACCAAGCUAAUAUGUUUUUCCUGUGUAAUUUUUGUUUCGUCCGCUAUUAAAAGAUUACAAAUUAUAUUUAGAAAGAUCUCGAACCACGGAAAUGAUGCGUCGUCAACUUUGCACCUUCUGGUUUUAGAACAUCAGGAUCUAAUACGGUUUGUAAAAAAUCUGAAUGAUCUCAUGAAGUACGUCAUCCUAUUAGACUAUUUUCUAAACUCGCUGAAUGUAGCCACCGUCUCAAUUCGGCUAAUGUCGUUUGAAGCCAAAUUAAUAUCUCCGCUUUUCUUCCUGAGUUUCUUGUUCAUCCAGAUAUUCGUCUUAGGAUGGGGCGCAAAUGAAAUCAAAGUUCAAAGUUUGGCGCUGGCAGAUGCUUUAUAUGACAGCACAUGGUAUGAACAAAAUGACACGGCUAAGAAAGCGUUGCUGACAAUGAUAGCUCGAACUCAGAGGCCCCUAUUUCUGACCAUUGGUCCCUUCGAUGCCAUGACCAUGGAGUCAGCAUUGAAGGUAAGUUUCAAAAAUGCAAAAUAUUCGUGGUUAACUAUGUAUGGUUUUCAAUGCAGAUCAUCAAAGCCUCCUAUUCGUACAUAACUUUAAUGAAGACAAAUUGACGAGAGAGUUCCUUUCAAGCAGAGAAAUAUUCGUCCUCCAGAAAUAACCACCGUGGGGUGCGUUUAUAUUCGCAUUUUUCAAACCAUAUCGGAACAGAUAAAACUUUUAAACAAAAACUUCUUUGUAUUUAAUCAAAGGUUUCUAGAAUGAUAUAGAAAAUACACUUUUAUUUAUAACUCUUAUAUUAAACGAAAUUUGAGAAAUUGUUGUUUGGCAUUAUAAUUUUCUUUGCAAUUUUUUUAAAAUUAAAAUCAAAUAUAGCUAUGAUAAUUAUUAUUCCGAAGCAAAAGGUAGUUUUCGUUAGUUUUUGCACAAGAAAUGAUAUUUAUUUACCAUAGGCUCCUUUUAAGUGUUUGUAGUAUUCACUACCUAAAAGACAUUUAUAUUAUUUCAAAAAACUUCAGACCAUAUUAUUUUCCAAUGCUUUUGAAGCCAUGGGGUCCUCGGGGGCACAGUGCACACAAUUACGUCACACCAAAGCACAGAACGGUCUGAUACCUUACUGAAGUGCAAAACUAUUUAACUAUCUAUUUAAAAUAUCUAAUACUGAUCAAAUUAGGUUUUGUUAUUAAAAUGUAAAUGUUAUUAAAUUUUGUUAAUAAAUGAAAUGGUGAGAUAGGAGAUAAACUAUGUUCAACAUCGCUACUUCACAAUAUAUUAUUCAGGAUAAUAAAGGCACUAUUUAUAAUUUA